AUGGACGUUGAUCAGUUAUCGAGCGAUGAUUCGUCUAUAUCUACAGACGUUGAUAUGGUGGAUGUUGACAGCGUUCAUUCGUUUAUUCCAAUGGUGGCAACCAAAAUCAGGGACCGGUUCAAGGAAAGCCGAUUACAGUUUGAUUCACGCGUUUCGGAUCAUGACAUUUCAACCUUGUUCCCGGUGGAAUACAACAAGUCGGAUAGCUUGCAUGAACGUAUUCAGCGUUUGAUGAGUUGUACCUUGGAUGUACCUGAUUCUGAGCUUGAGCAACUAUUGGCGAUCCAUCAAGCAACACAUGAUCGGCCAUCAAUCUACAUUAGGAGCUGGACGAUAUCAGCAGACACACUCGCAGCUCUACUCGCAAACUUGGCACUGCAUUCAUCAAGCCAUCCAUUAUUACGCAUUUGGCGGCAAUAUCAACAAGGGAACCCUGAUAAAGCUAUCCAUAUUCGUUAUGUUGGUUCAACAAUUCGUUCUGUAAACACUCGCCAUGUGCAGGAUUCCCGCAACCAGAGUGCUUUUUUGGGGAGAUUUCUUACUGCAUUACAAGGCGUGGAUAUCGAGGCAUACAAUCAUGCAAGGUUGUACGAAUUUUCUCGCAUGAAAAACGAUACCGAUGGCAAAGUAGACAGAAGGGACAUGCUUGAGCAGAUUGCAAUCACUUUCUUUGGCUUGGAGAAUUUGCUUAAUACGCAAAUAGGAGGCGUGUCGUUCACUUACGAUCCGGGUAUGAGCGCUUUUAAAGAUUUCCAAAAGUACAACCUAUCCUUCUUCAAAGCCAUGAACGACAAUAUCGAUAUCCACCAGAACGAGUUCUCCGAAAAGCUAACAACGUGGCUCAAUGUUAUCACCCAAGAAGGAGAACGAAUUGCUAGGGAGCACAACAACCAAAACAGUAUAAUCAGCCCAGCAUUAAGAACAAUGAUCCUCCAACAAGCAUUACCAAAAGUGGUUGGCGGCCAUGUAGUGCUCAUUGUGGUAGGAGCUGAGAUAUCACACGGCAGCUUUAAAACAGCAACACCUUUCUUUGUCAACAGCCGCUCAGGAGAAGUAACCAAGACGUUGCUAUGUCGACAAGCGGCAUGGUCAAGUGGGCAAGAAAAUUUCAGCUUGGAUCGUUUUCAACCGGAUCUUUUCCCAUUUAUUGAUCUAUACCCUUGGCUUGAUACGAUCAAUACCAAGAAAGCAGCACUACGACAGCUAUAUGGAUACCUUUCCACCACCGAACCAUUGGUAGUCGCUAGCCUAGGAAAGCAUCCAACGUCAGCUUUGUUCUCCAAUCUUUUGCAUCAUCAUGGUUGUGGACAUCGUUCGGAAGGGUUUUCAUAUAUCAGCACCAUUGCUUUACCUCGUAUUUGCUACUUUGUCGAUGAUCAAUGGGUUGAAGCAAGCGAGGCGGAUGAUCCCCCGGUAGACAAUGCAUUCAUUACUAUUGGAAACCUGCAUCCUGGAUACGAGAGAUACGGCGAACGCUCAAUUGACCUAAUCGAAUUGAUGGAUAUCACGUGGACAGUGACAUUGUUGGUAUCAGAAAUUGUACUUGGUGUGGUGCUCGCCAAUCCUGGGUUAUCUCGAAGUGUCAUUAUCCAACGUGUUUGGCCGUUUAUUGAUCCAAUGUCACCACAUGCCGAUGAACGUUUAUUGGGUGCUUAUUUUCAAGCUGAAAGGAUCAAGAAGGAUUAUCAAGCUUUCUAUCGAGCCAAAAUCCAGGAACAGCCAAAGUCAGCAAGAAAUGUGGAUCACGAUAUCUUAUCAAUUGCUGCAUGUGCGCGCAUGGCAGCGUAUGGUUUCGCUGAAGGUGCUCCCAAUUCAGAUGCACGCAAGAAGCAGGUCCAGAGAAUGUGGAGAAGGAAUUUACCACCUUUGCAUAUGCAUAUUUCACGAGACAACAAGGAUCAAUGGUUUCAAUGGGCGAACACGUUGAAAGAAGGGAUAUCAUUUUUUGCAAGCGCUGAGCGACAUGUUGGCAUGGCAACGCAUCACCCUUUAUGGAAUUGCUUGAGACCCUACAUCCCCUCUGAUACCAAAGCCGAUUGGCUUGAUGAUGAAGCCAACCUGACAGCUGCUUGUCUUGCAUGGGGUGCAGCAAUGAAGCUUUAUCUUCCGGACGACCAUUUUUCCAGCGACAACCAAAAGCGGAGAAUAGCAUUACGAUGGGGAGACGACGAUGAAAACUUGUAUGCGUACAUGGCUGUGAAUCAUAUGAGACUGGUGACCUUAUCAUUGACACAUCCCUUGUUAAUUCGAUGGAGAGAUGGUGACAAGAACGUCGACGUGGCGCUACGAUUCAAGGCCAAACGUCAAAAUCAAUUUGAUACAAGAGAAAGAUACCACGUCGCUUUCAACAAGGAUGGCAUAAGUUUGAAACCGGUGGAUCAGCAUGAUGACGAUAUUUUUCAUAUUCCAUUGGAUGCUGUGUAUGGAGACCCUUUGGUUAAGAAAUUAUGGAUCCACGAGAUGCAUCAGCAAGGAUAUAAGGACAUUGAUCAAGAUCCAGUAUCACACAUUGGGAUACCAGCUUUCACUGCUGUGACCAAGCCCAUCAAUCGUCAAAAAACUAUACAGCCCAUGGAUGCAUUGUGGCUCCUGCAGCAAUUCGUGAACGAGCAAACUAUCAACUUUCACCUUGCUUCAUCUGAUUUCAUCGGCAUCAUUCCUAGUGACUUUGUGUCAUUUCAGCAAAUAUUUAUCAACUUCUUGAACAACAACUAUCGACAACAUCCUUACAAUCGUUGGUGGUAUGAGAAGGUCAACGAUCUUAACAUCAAGAAGGAAUCCAAAAACAUAGCUGCCAACCUUCUUCACUUGUAUCCUAGUAGCAUCAAAGGCAACUUUCGUACAUUUAAAAAGCGCCAUGCAAAAGACCAUAGUAAUCAAAAGCAGUGCAUUACCAUUCAAAUAAAACGUUAG